CUCAACUACACAUGUGUUCAGUGGAACUACACUGCAGCACUUGCUUGCAGACGUGUAGUACUGGGAGCAGACGUGCAGUAGUACACUGCAGUGGAGGCAGACGUGAAGUACUACAAAUGACCAGUGCGACUGUGGUGGCAGACGUGUGGACUGUUUGAAAAGGGAAUACUCUGUGACAGGUCAUUUUGGUUGGCAUGUGAAGAUUUGCCAGAGCAAAUUGAUUUCUAGUGAAAUUAAUGAUACUGUGUCAUCAUCACAAAGUUUCAAAAGGACUUGACAAAUGCACUGUACAUAGUAACCAACAAACGAACGUGGACCAUAUCUGAUGGAACGGUUAUAAUUACGUUUUCAAUGAAUACCUAUUGUCUCAAAAGUUUCAAACUUUCUGAGUGUGUUUUCCACUGUCAGUUCAUGUUUGCCGUCUCCUCUGUGUAAGACAUCAGAUUCAUUGAGCCUGGUCAGCUGAGGGGUGUUGUGGAUUAUGUAUGAUCUACGCCUUGAUAGCCCAGGCACUAAUGUUUCCGGGAUGGCAGACUACUAUGACUACCCUGGAUCCCUGUAUGAAAACCCCUGUGGCAAAGACUUCUUAAACCAAUCAGAGCUCAAAGUCAGCAACAUCAUCCAGCGCUACAUCUUUCCCAUCAUCCUCUUCAUUGGAACUGUGGGUAAUCUGACAUCAAUCCGCUACCUGCAUAACCUGAGUGUCAACGUCUGGUCAACAUGCUUGUAUCUCACUGUCCUCUCCCUCAUCGACCUUGUCACCCUCUACGUCGACUGCGGCAAUAAGUGGUUCAAGAUUGUUUCUGGCAUCAACCUUAGCGUAAAGAUCAGUGAGACCUCUGGCGCCGUGUGUAAGGUUUAUCCUUUCAUUUUCCAGUUCUUCCUCCACUUAAGUCCUUGGAUCGUCGUGUCAACGUCUGUGGAGCUAACCAUUGCCUCAAAGUUUCCGCAUCUGACCUAUAAGAUGUGCACACGUGAACGUGCCAAAGCUGUUAUGCUGCUCACAACAGUCCUGCUUCUGUGUCUGAAUAUGCCCUACUUCUGGACUUAUGGACUGGUCAAGUAUGCAGAAACUCCAGACAAUGUCAUCACAGUCUGCGUCUACAUUGAAGAGUUCUCAGAAUAUUUCCGGGACACAAUAUGGCCCUUCAUCAACCUGGCUGUUGGACAUAUUGCCCCUCUGCUUGUCGUCACAGCUUGCUUCUUUAUAACCAUAUCCUCAUAUCUAAAGUCAGACAGUGCGUGUAAAGUCAAGCUGGAAAAGUACUUCAUGGAUUUGAAAUCUCUGCAGCAGUUGAAGGUUACUUUUAUCAUCAUCUGUUUGUUCUAUGUGAUCGUUGUUACCAUGAAGAUCCUGCUGGUUAUUGUCAACUACCUGAUUGCUCAAAACAUCAUCAUCAUCCCCUGUUCUCUGGAUUCCCAUGUAACGGCAGUCAUGAUGUUGCUUGGGUCCCUAUGGGACAUGCUGUUCUACUUGUUCCUCAGUGUGAAGUUUUUCAUAUAUUUGGCCACAUGUAAAAGAUUCCGCUGUGAGAUUUAUCAACUUCUUUGUCGCAUUGGACGUGGACUUCAUCGAAGAGACAGAGUGACCUUGACCUCAGGAAACCGCUAUGAUGCAAAGCCCCUGAUGCAGCAUGGGAACAAUGUGAGAAAUAGUGUUUCCUAUCCACAAAGGAAGGAUCUGGCUGAGGAUGCAGGUCCUGGUGUUACGACAGCUGUGUGAGCAGUGUCAGGAUCUGCAGCUGUACCCAGUUUCUCCUUCCAUGUUCCCCAGCAGAAGCUUUUCUUCCAUCCUGGCAACACACCAGUGGCUCUCUGUACAUAGUGUUGUAUAUAAGCUCCAUGUGUCUGUGUGAAGACUUCACUCUGUGUCCAGGCAUAAAUCAUUGUGUAGAGAUUUCACUCUGGAUGACAAGAUGGUCAACAGUAUGUGAGAUUUCACUGUAUACCACCAAGUGGUCAUGAGUGUGUGAGAUUGCACUGUAUAUGACAAGGUGGUCAUCAAUGUGCGAGAUUUCAGUCAGUAUGACAAGAUGGUCAUCAGUGUCUGGAGAAUUCACUGUAUAUGACAAGGUCGCCAUCGGUGUGUGGAGAUUUUACUCUGUAUGAUGAGAUGGACUCAGUGUGUGAGAAUUCACUGUAUAUGACAAGGUCGUCAACAGUGUGUGGAGAUUUCACUCUGUAUGACGAGGUCGACAUCAGUGUGGGAGAUUUCACUGUAUACAACAAAGUGGUCAACAGUGUGUCAAAUUUUACUGUAUAUGACAAGGUUGUCAUCGUGUGGAGAUUUCAUUCUAUAUGAUGAGAUAGUCAUCGGUGUGUGGAGAUUUCACUUUAUAUAACGAGGUGGUCAUCGGUGUGUGGAGAUUUUACUCUGUAUGAUGAGAUGGACAUCAGUGCGUGAGAAUUCACUGUAUAUGACAAGGUCGUCAACAGUGUGUGGAGAUUUCACACUAUAUGACGAGGUCGACAUCAGUGUGUGAGAUUUCACUGUAUAUGACAAGGUCGUCAUUGGUGUUGUGUGAGAUUUCAGUCUGUAUGACAAGGUCGUCAUCGGUGUUUGAGAUUUCACUCUAUAAGAAAAGGUCGUCAUUGGUGUCUGGAGAUUUCACUCUACAUGACUGAGAUUUACAUGUUGUGUCCAAGUAUUUCUACACAUGAAGAAUACAAUACAGCUGGAUGUAUGUUCACUGUAAAUGACACUAUAGUGAAGUUGUGUCACAGUUUCAUUCUAUAAAAGUUUAAUGAAGCAGGUUUGAGCAUAUAUCAUUCUAUUUGAAGGGAGAACGCAGUUGUGUGAAUGUUUUAUUCUAUAUGAUGGACUACUGGAGUAAAUUGGCAAUCAAUGUGCCCAGACAGGACAGCUGUGUUGAAAUUUCCCUGCAAAUGUUGCAUGCAUGUAUAUCAGAGGAUGAUACAGUUCAGUGGACAUACCACUCUAGAAUAAAGUAAUGCUACAGGACAGGUCCUUCACUAUUUCUCAACGCAGAUGACUGGAAAUAUUCCAUAUAGAAUUGACAUGAGGUUGAGACUGUGUAAUGGACUUCUACAUACUACUCAAUCAAACUGUGAUACAUACUUGUUCACCACACGAAACAGUGGAACCUACUGCCAAAAGAAUCCUUUCAUCAUUCUCGGUGACCUCAACAAGCCAGUUACAAUGCAGACGUACCCCCAAGCAAUGAAACAUUUGGAUGCAUCUAUACCUGACACAUCUACUAGCGUGAACAGCCAUAGAAAGGACAUCCAUUAAAAAGCCUGAAAUUCUAGAUUCAAUCAAAAUACCAACUGUAGUAGACAAACUGUAUCAUGUAAGAGAGCUAGUGUCAAUUUGUAUCCCUUGAGUACAAGAGUGAGUAAAUUUGAUCAAAUGUCUCUUUGAAGAGUAUUUCAGUUACAUCAAGGCAAUUCUUUGCCAGCUUGGUGUAGGGAAAAGCCCCAAGUGGUGCAGAUCAUAGAUGCUUACCAUUUUGAUGAAACCACAAGCAGACGUAUGGUUCUGAUACAUAAGUGUUCUGGGUUCCGAUCCAUACAGUUUUCGUAGAGCAACGAAUAGUCAUAAUGACCUGUCAUAACUCUAUAGUUUAUCAUAGGCUUACGAAAGUCAUAGCACGAUGAAUGUUUUGUGGAUUGGGAGCCAGGACAUACAGGCAAUCAAACCACAGU